AAGAGUAUAUUACUGCGAGUGACGCACCAGAGAGGUGGAAAACUACUGGAAGCACGGCGUGCUCGUAGCACGUUAGGCGAGUAGUAAGUGUGGCAGUAGGAUGCGAGGAACCGUUAGCUCGACUCCGGCUAUUUUUAUUAUUAUUAUCGUCGCGCUGCACUUCACCACUGGUGCUCGAGAACGAAAGCGGCCGCUGUUCCAUCCGCGAGGUCCAUACGCGAUAUCCGUCGAGUGGAGAUCGCCUCGAUGUUCUGACCUAUAAAACCGGCGCCGCGUUCCUCGCGUGGUAAAGCCGAUUCCGUUCGUAAGAUCCGCCGAACGUUCCCCGUCCCGUCACGCUCGAAUAAAUUCGUGUCAAGGUGUGCCGCUUCUUUACGCAGCAUCGGAAUAGAUAUAUUCUCUCUCGCUUCCUCUUCAUGGCCUCUCUUCUCUUCUCUGUUUUAAUUGAAAGAGGCAACGACAGAGUUUGAAGCAGCAACAGACUGAAAUUGGGGCUUUCAUAUGUUUUAUAGAACUCUUCAUUUUUUUUUUUUGCUGAUUUCGACGUUGAGAUAUUGUAUUGUUUCUUCUUCAAUUUGUUGUAGCAAUCAAGCUCAUAGAAAACUCGUUUCUCAUAUACAUCUUGAGGUUCUUAUGUAAUCAUGGAAUCUUAUUCAUUAAGAUGAUAGAGUUUUCAAUUACUGCGAAUCCUCUGGCCUAGGUGAGAAAAAUGUUUGCCAAUUAUUAAUAUUUUUGGAUUAAAUAAAGAAGAUAUAAUUAAAUUUAAAAAAAGAGGUAAAAGAGGUAAAAUACAUGAACGUCAAAUAUCGCAAAGUAUGUUGUACCUGUACACAAAUUACAUAUAUAUUUGCAGAGCCAUCGUUGAAGGCGGUAGGUCGAUGCCCAGCCUUCGAGGAGCAAAACGUGUGUCCCGCAAGAGCGCCAAACUGCGAGAAUGACUUCCAGUGUCAGGCGUCGGGAGAACGUUGCUGCAAGACAGCCUGCGGUACGAAAUGCGUCAUCGGCCAGUUGACAGGCUGUGAACAGCUGGCGCAGGCAGCCGUGAGAAGAUCGCGCGCCCUUGGCCCACGCGGGCCGUCGCAAUUUAUACCAAAGUGUAACAACGAGACCGGCGAGUUCGAAAGGAUACAAUGCCAUCAACGAGAGAGGAGCUGUUGGUGCGUGGACGAGAUCGGUGUCGAGGUACCAGGCACCAGAGGAUCCACCAAGCACGUGAUCGAUUGCGACAAUCCCCGUGAGUGUCCCGCGCAUAGCUGUCGGAUGCUUUGUCCACUGGGCUUUGAGAUCGAGCUGAAAACUGGCUGCCCUAAAUGCGAGUGCCGAGAUCCUUGCCGCGGCAUCGUCUGUCCAGGGACCAGUCAAACGUGCGAGUUGAUUGAUGCAACGUGCGCCCGUCCACCGUGCCCGCCAAUUCCCAGCUGUCGCAAAGCCAAGUCACUGUCGACGAUCUGCCCAGCCGGUGAACCGCUGCAAAUCACUGACUCGCCGAGGCCAUUCCUCUGCGGCGAUUCGCCUGGCAAACCGAGCUGCCCGCCGAUGUACAGCUGCCUGGUGGAGCCGAAGCAAGAGUACGGAGUCUGUUGCCCGUCUAACAUUAAUCUAAAACGGCCGGGAACCUGCCCGUUGGAGGAGCCAGCUAUCUGUGGCAAUUCCUGUCAGCAUGAUCUAGAGUGUCCAGGCCCGCAGAAAUGUUGCACGAGCGAGAAGUGCGGCGGGGGCGUUUGCUCUGUUCCACAGGGGCUCAGCGCUUGCCACAGGGACCGGGUGCUCGCGGAAAUGCUCAGCAUUUCCGAGAGACAGGGCCGUGGAUAUGUUCCUCAGUGCACGGAAGAUGGAGGAUACGAAGGUAGACAAUGUUCGAGAAACGGUCUGGUCUGCUGGUGCGUGGACAACAACGGCCGAAAGAUAUCUGGAACCAUGGGACCAGCGGAUAAAGUCGACUGCAAAUCGAUAACGAAGGGAAGAUCACUUCCGGCGUCUUGUGUGUCCCAACAGUGCGCCCAGGUCUGCCAGUAUGGAUUUAAAACUGACGCAUCCGGCUGUCCAACUUGCGAAUGCGACAACCCUUGCGAAGGUUUCCCGUGCCCGAUUGGAGAACAAUGCGUUCUGCAUCGCGAAGACGGGUGUCCAGACUUCCUCUGUCCAACCAGGCCAGAGUGUAAGCCGAAGAAGGCUUAUCAAAGCCCUUGCGUCUACGGAACUCCUCUAAUCGACGACGAACGGAACGCUGUAACCUGUUCUGCGAACGACACCUGUCCCCAAGGCUAUAAAUGCACCGUUGUACCGGAAGCUGGGCAAUCGGUGUGCUGCAUGACGUCAGCCAACUCGACGAAACCGCAAACUAUGUGUGAAUACUUGAGAGAAUUCAACGAACGUAUGGAGGGAACCAGGGAGGAUAUGUCACUGGCGAUUUCGCCGCCUCAGUGCGAGAAGGACGGCAGCUACAAACCUCUGCAAUGUUACAACGGUACCUGUUCCUGCGUGAACGAUCGUGGCGUUGUCCUGAAAAGCGGCGUGAAUCGUAGCACCGAUUGUAAAGAGAUAAACGAUCUUCUCAAGCUUUGCGGAUCUCUGUCCUGCGAUUUAACAUGUCCCUACGGCUACGAAGUGGAUGUGACUGGUUGCGAGCAGUGUCGUUGCCACGAUCCCUGCAAGGAUGCUACGUGCCGUUCGCACGAGAUCUGCACGAUGGUCGACGUGAAUUGCGGAUCAGGGCAGAGUUGUCCAGCUGUUCCAGCUUGCCUGGCCAUGAAACCAGGCCAGUGCCCGUACUUGGUACCAAGUUCGUCCAGUUGUGAGCUGCAGUGUAGCAACGAUCAAGAAUGCUCCGCCACGGAGAAGUGCUGUUCAACAGGUUGCGGAACGCAAUGCGUGGCUCCUGUAAUGGCCACGGCUUGCCAGCACGCUCGCGCGGUGGCAGAACACGCGGCUAGAGAGUCCGGGGAACCGGCUAGAAGGAUUUAUAUUCCUAGAUGCGACGCCAGUGGAGCGUUCGAGCCGGUUCAAUGUCACAACGGGAUGUGCUGGUGCGUGGACAAGGAGGGCAGAGAGGCGGCAGGUACCCGGGUUCUCGAGGGUGUGGUGCCAAAGUGUAACACACCGCUCAGAUGCCCGGAGAUCGAUUGCAAGCUCGAUUGUUCCGAUGGAUUCGAGCUAGAUCCAGACAGCGGUUGUCCAACGUGUUCCUGCCGAGAUCCGUGCAAGAGCGUGACGUGUCGUGGAGAGAACGAGGCUUGCAGAAUGGUCGAAGUGGCCUGUAGCGUACCACCGUGUCCACCCGUACCGGUCUGUUUGCCCAAGAAGGACAAUCCUUGCCCGAACGGAUCACCUCUGUUGAAUCAAAAUGGUUCUCCUGCGAUUUGUGGGCCACAUGGUCAACACUGUCCGUCCACGCACAAGUGCGAGUUGUCACCUCUGGACGAAUACGCUGUAUGCUGUCCGAAACCUCGCGAAGUUUGCUUCGAACCACCGCGAAAAGUAUCGUGUAACCUAGGCAUGGGUUUCAACGAGACUGAAAGAUGGUACUUCGAUCCGGAGCGCAACGAAUGUAGAAGGAAGUCCGAGUGUACUUUGGGUUACAAUGAUUUCUCCAGCCGUCUGGUCUGCGAUACAGUCUGCCCUGUACUGUCGCAGUGCGAAAGACUCAGGGAGAAGAACUUAAAAACAUCUCAGAGGCUGAAGCAACCGACGUUCUUACCGAGAUGCGACCCGGAGAAUGGCAUGUGGGAAGCUGUACAGUGUCUGGAGCACGUUGGUGUUUGCUGGUGCGUCAACCGGAAGGGUCAGCCGGUGAAAGGUUCGCUUACCAGAGGGUCGGAGCCCAAGUGUAACUUCAGACAAGCCAGACGGGGAGGCAGAGGGCCGGCGAUACAGGAAAUCGACCGUGAAAUUCAAGCGUUCAUGGAGAACGCUCUAAUUAACUUGGAAACGGACGAGAAGCAAAUUGGGAAAGUGUUGGGCACAAGGUGUCAGGCGAUGAAGGAUAAAGGCCACGUUCCAGCCAUUUGCGAUCGCCAGGGCAGGUUCGAGCCGACGCAGUGCGCUGGCGAUACAUGCUGGUGUGUCGACGAGGCCGGCAAUCAGCUCAUUGGCUCGGAGCCGUUCCUGAAAGGAACGAAUAUUUGCUUGCCAACUCCAGUUGAAGCUGUUGAAGUAACUCUACGUUUCCCUGGUCGGUUCCUCAGCGAUGACGAGGCCACGCUGAUCAGACAAACGGAAGAUCUUCUACACGAUUUAGGCGCCAGGAUAAAGGACGACGUACGAGUGGAGAUCAAUCAAGACUCGGCUAUACUCAGUUUCGAAGUGAUAGGACCGAACAAAGUAGACGUGGCAUUCCACUUGGAAGAAUUAACCAGAAUACAAAAGCUGUCUAUGCUAGGGUCAUUCGCGGACGCAACUACUUCUCGAUUCACGCACAGAUCACCCCCGAUAGCUAUGCAAAGUAGAAUCGUAGCGUUAGAACAGCGAGAGAUCCUCACCGAGGUAGAAACGCCCGUUUAUCAAACUGCCACUUUGGUCUUGGCCGUUGGAAGCGCUUUCAUAAUCAGCAGUUUGCUCAUCUUGUUGAUGCUGUAUCGUAAAAAGAUAAAAAUGAAAGAUCCAUCGAAAACGUUAGCGGCGGACCAGCAUUUCCUCGCGUACCAGCAACCAGUGUAUGUGAUAUCGGGCGUAGAGCAGGAAGAAAAGAAGGACAUAGCCGAAGCGCAAGAGAGUGCGUCCACGUCGGAUGUGGUCGUCGGUACAUAAAAAAAAAAAAAAAAAA